GUCAGUUCCCGGUAGUCAGUGGGGCGUCGGUCGAUAUUGGUCGAAGGUUGAACUGUUCCAACUGUGUAGAAUUGUGUAUAGCAUUAGCAGUGAUACCACACAGAAGUAAUCUGACAAGCAUGGAAAAUAAUAUGGAUGGAGCUGUUGGUGUAGAAGAGCAAUAUUCGUGGAUGGUGAUCAAGUUUGUUGAUGUAUUAGUUAAAAACAAGGACAUCGGGAUGAAGAUAGAUGAAACGCAGGAGAGAAUUCUGGCACUGAAGAAUGAACAGGCAAAAAUGCUUUAUCGUCAUGAAAAAAUAUCAGAAGCCUCAAAUCUCUUAGAGGUAUUGUGUGUGUCCUUCCUGACAGCAAAUAAGCAGUUGAGGGAAGGGAGCCUGGCAGAAAUUAAAAAAGCAUGGGACCAACGUAAAGCUGCAUCAGGAAAUCCAGAUGGUGGUAGUCCAAUGUCAGUGCUUGUUGACAGAAUGAGAAAUAUCAGUAUUGAAACUGAGGCAAACAAAGAGCUUGCACAGGGUGUGAGUUCAGGCCAUCAGCAAGAAGAUCGCAGAAACGAAGCAAAAUGGUUGUUAUCGGCAGAAAUGGCUUUGGGCUUGCAAUUUUUCCCUGUUCUGGCAGUUUUGGAGGAGGACCUUAUAAACCAAAACAAGCUUCUGCGUUUGGAACGUGCUCAGUUGGAAGAAAAAGUGAAAAGAACACUUUCAACUUUUGCUCGCAUUAAACUUGAUCUGAGCGGAUAUGAAGAUGAGUGUCGCAGACUGCAAAAUAUUUUACAGAAAUGCACUAGUACACUUUGGGCACCUGUUAAAACUGAAAUAAAUAAGAUGGCAUUUGAUCUUAAGGAAAUUGAGAUGAAUAACACAGCCAUGUUUCGUCAGUGGCAAGCACAUCACAAUAUCUUAUGUGAAAUUCUGGACGAUGUAAGAAUUUUUAACACACAAGCUAUUAAAGGGGGUGAAAAGAUAUGCCAGCUAUGCAAAAUUUGCAAACAGCUGAAUGCAGAAAGACUGGAAUUGGUUAAUCACUUCCUGGGGAUAAUUGAUAAAGAUCGAAAUACAUCUCUUGGAAAGAAAAAAUGAGAGAGUGAAUUGAAGUUUUUUCACUAUUGUGGUGAACCAUCAAAAUGGUCAUCAGAUGAACCACUGUCUUAAGUUAUUAAAGCAAAAUAUAAAUUUCAUUUUCAAUACAUGAAUGGUAGUCAUUUGUCUAAUGAAAUAGAAAUAAGACUUAAAGUGGAAUGAUUUUAGUGAAAAAUCUGUUGAAUGUAAGUUACUUUCAGUACAAAAGAUCCAGUGGACCUCUACAGUAUUCUCUAAUAACUAUAACUUAUUUAUUUUUAAACAUUUUAUUGUUUUCAUAAUUUAUCUCUUGUUAAAUUUUAUUGUUUUUAUGUUUUAUAUAGAAUAUUUUAUGUUAAUGUUAAUUGUUUGAUGAUGAUUUUUGUAAUUGACUGUUUUGUAAUAAGUG